AUGAAGCGAGUUUGCCCAACUAUUACUUAUCUCCUAGUCUUCUUUGUGCUUCUUGUCACAGCUGGUGUAUUGGUUGAAGCACAAAAGUGCAAGCCAAGUGGCAAAGUUGAAGGAAAGAACCCUCCGAAAAAUGAAUGUAACCAGGGCAAUGGCUCAGAUUGCUGUGAAGAAGGAAAAUUUUACACCACCUAUAAGUGUUCACCCCAUGUGUCCACGCAUACAAAGGGAAUUUUAACAGUAAACAGUUUUGAGAAAGGUAGAGAUGGCGGUGGACCAUCAGAAUGCGAUGGUAAGUACCACAACGAUGACACACCUGUGGUGGCAUUGUCAACGGGAUGGUUCAGCAACAAGAAGAGGUGCCACCACCAGAUCACCAUUAACGGGAAUGGAAAAAGGGUGAAGGCGUUGGUGGUCGAUGAAUGUGACUCUACUAAGGGAUGUGAUGGUGAACAUGAUUACCAGCCGCCUUGUGCAAAUAAUAUUGUUGACGCCUCAAAAGCGGUUUGGAAAGCAUUAGGUGUAAAUGAAAAGGACAAGGAGUGGGGAUCGAUGGAUAUUACCUGGUCUGAUGCUUGA